UGAAAGUUCUUUCCAAAUCAGUUCGAUGAAGUGUCGCGGUGGCUCUGACCAUCAACGGCGGCGCCCCACCACACCAGCAACCAUUUCUUCGAAAUCAUCUUCUCUCUCUUUCUCUUCAACACUGCGGUUCUGUUUUUACUUUUCGAUUUCGAUAUGGCAGGUGCUUCUGGCGGCGGCAGUGGCAGGAUCAACCGGACUGGUCGCAAAGCGCAUUUUGGAGCCCGGUGUAAGAAGAAAUGUGAUGAGUGCUGCGGAGAUCGAGAGGAAUCUGGUGGCAUUACGGAAGAAAACAAGGAGUCGGUGCUGUGGGUAAAUAUGUUGAAGUGGGGAAUUGUGGUAGACAUUUGGCGACAUUUGGCGAUGGAGCCAAAAAAGAGUUUGGAGAGGUUUUCUGUUUGUUUGAAGAAGAGGGGAAAUAGUAAGAACUAGGCACUGCCAAGUGUGAAUCCUGCCAUUCCAAAGGAGACUUAGCCCACUCAGGCCAGCUCCAAAGGACUAAGAAUUUAACCCUGGACUCCGAACAUUCCUAACCCAAGUCUAAGGCACCCCCUUGUAUUGCAGGUCAAGGUUUCAUCUAGUGAAUUACAUGCUUAUGCUUAUCUAUCGCAUGGAGGUACCAGCUGAACUGGAUCAGAAACUGCCAUUUGCUUAUUGAACCGCAGGAGAGUCAAAUUGUGGAGCUGGAAUCUGAACUGCAUGUUGCCCAGAACUGGACUUGAUCGUUACUAAUAACAAUUAACCUUCACAAUGAAGCUGCCAUGCUGGAGGAGACAGACAUGCUGUGCUGGAAUUUGAUUGACACGUGUACCUGCUUACUCUCAAGAAGCAAGAAUUUCUUCUUGACGUGUACAAAGAACUCUGCCGGGAACCACCCAUUUGUUUGGCGCCGACUGUGGUGAGAGGAGCCAAAAGAAAGCUCUGGAGAAGAAUUUGUUGGGACAGUUGAAGAGGAGGAGGAGGAGGGUUUGUGAAAAUGAAGCCAUCGGCGAAGCCGAUAUCUAGUCCAGGCCGGACGGAGAAAUUCCCGCCGCCAUUGAUGAGGUUUUUGAGGAGCAAUGUGGGAAGCAAAAGCAGAGGAAGGCGUUCGAGUCCGAUGAUGUUCAUGAGGAAGAAGAACAACGCCACCACCGCCCAUGAAACCCAAGAGCCUUCUUCCCCGAAAGUCACUUGUAUCGGCCAAGUCCGAGUUCGCCGCUCCUCCACACGCCGCCGCAAACGUCGCUGUGCCUCCACGCGCCGCCGUUGCUGCUGGUUCCGUGCUGCUCUGUUUUGCCCCUGGUUUCUAAGGAAAAAUAAACCCAAUUCUUCUCCGAUUUUCCAGAGAUGGGUCUCGUUUUUCCAAGGUGGGUUCCGUCGAAAACCCAAAAUUAGAAUAGAUUCGCCGCCGCCGCCGCCGCGUGAAACUCCCUUCCACGGCAGAGCUGAAAUUUCAAACCCAGAUACCCAAGUUGCCGCCGCCGUCCACGACGAUGAUGAAGAAGCAACAGCCAAAGCUUUUAUUCCUUCUAAUUCUUCGCCGCCCAAAAAUGCAUUGUUACUAACAAGAUGCAGAUCUGCCCCAUAUCGAUCGACAUCAUUAGCGAGUAGAUUCUGGGGCUCUCCUCUUAGAAACGACGAAAAUCUGAAAGAAGAAGAAGAAGAAGAAGAAGACGAGGAACAUAGCACAAAGCCCAACAAUAGCGGAAAAGCAGUCGAGAUUGAGAAACCUACAUCCCAAAGAGCCUCAGUUUCGGAUCAAGAUCCAAGUGGGGGCUUAGAAUUCGAGGAAGACGAGGAAUUUGUGCAGAACAUUGAGAAUUCCACCACAGAAAGAAUCACCAAAUCCGCCAUUAUCGAACGAGAAAAAGCAGGGGAUGAAGAUGGGCUUGGAAGCUCAUCCCGGCCAUUAAUUUUGACACGUUGCAAAUCGGAACCGUCGAGAACGGCGGAGAAGAUGAACCCAGAAAUUGGAUUCUGGAAAAAGAGAAGGUUGGGGAUUCCUGAUUCAUGCUUACCAAACACAAUUCAUGAUAUAUAGGAAGUGUUCCCAUUUUUUUUUUUAAUUUAUUUAUAAAAAACAUGAAUAUUGAUAUAUAUAUAUUUUGGUUCUUCUGUAAAUUUUGUGGUUUAUGAAGCUGUGGUAAAGACAAUCUUUGAACUGUUAAUGGGUUUGGUUUUAGUUUAGUUUAGUGGUUCUUUCAAUUUGUGAAGACAGUUGUAGGAGUGAUGGGAGGGAAGUGAGGGAAUUUAAAUAAAGCGUCUUUGGAUA